AUGCUCCAAUCUAUCGACUCAACGAUCAGGGAUCUCUUCAAGCACUAUGCUCAGCAUGGCUUUCUUCCCGAAUCGUUUCCGUUGACGAGGCUCUCAAACCCAUACUACGAACCCUGGGAAACCUUAGCCAGCGAGCUCCCAACCCUCAUCCAAACGCAACAGAUCAGAACAAAGGUCGAUCAACUUCCCAUUUGCUCAACAUCACAUCUCAAAUCCGAACCUGAAUGGCGUCGAGCGUAUGUGAUCAUGGGCUACCUCACCCACAGCUACAUCUGGGGUGGCGACAAACCAAAAGACCGUCUUCCUCCCUCAAUUGCAAAGCCAUUCCUUGAGAUCUCAGCCCACCUCGAACUACCCGCCUGCGCUACCUACGCCGGUCUCACGCUCUGGAAUUUCAAACCCACCCACCCAGAAGCAGACAUCACCGACCCUGACAACAUCCAAGUGCAAACUUCCUUCACGGGUGCAAAGGAUGAAGAAUGGUUCAUGGUGAUUUCAGUGGCCGUCGAAGCCCAGGGCAGCAAACUGAUAUCGAUUAUGCGAGAUGCCAUGAGAGCCGUCGCUACCAACGACAGGGAGCUCCUCACGGCUCUUCUAUACUCGUUCGCUGAUGGAUUGAAUACUCUCGCUAUCGUGCUCCGCAAAAUGUAUAUCCACAACGAUCCCGCAUUCUUCUACCAUCAGCUUCGGCCGUUACUCGCCGGCAGCAAGAACAUGGGCCACGCUGGUUUGCCGAGGGGUGUGUAUUAUGAUACCGGGGACGCGGUCGAGAAGCCGGAGAACUGGCUGCAGCUGAGUGGGGGUAGUAAUGCCCAAAGCUCGCUGAUACAGACGCUUGAUAUAUUCCUUGGGAUCACACAUUCCGCCACGGAUGGGAAGAAAGCGUCCGGGCCUGCUUUCAUUCAUGAAAUGCGGAACUAUAUGCCUGGACCCCAUCGACGCUUCUUGGAGGACCUCACUGCCGGGUCGACGGUGCGUUCCUUCAUUUUGUCGUCUGGGGAAUAUUCUUCUGAGAGACAUGCAUACAACGCGGCUGUUAGUGAACUCAAGAACUUCCGUGACACACAUAUCCAGAUGGUCACUCGGUAUAUUGUGAUGACGUCUCGGAAGAGCGCUCCGGUGCAGGAAUCAGAGAAGGUGAAUUUGGCCACGGCCAGCUCCCAAGGGACUGAAGCCGGGCAGAGUCAUACCCUUGCCGGCACCGGUGGUACAGAUUUGAUGCCGUUCUUGAAACAGACCAGGGAUACGGUCAGGGAUGCCAAGUGCUAG